UACACCACUGGGUUACACUGACCAUGUUGCAUCGCAGACUCGCCCUCAAUGUUUCCCGAAUACACGUCACUUCAGUUCCAAAAUGGAGUCUGGAUUGCUUGAGCCAUCGAUGUACACAGUAAAAGGAGUCUUAAUUCUUGAUAACGAUGGUGAACGAAUAUUAUCAAAGUAUUAUGAUGAUACAUAUCCUACACUGAAAGAACAAAAAGAGUUCGAAAAAAAUUUAUUCAACAAAACAAGUCGUGUCAAUGCGGAGAUCGUCAUGUUUGAAGGACUAACCUGUGUCUACCGAAGUAAUAUUGAUCUGUAUUUCUAUGUGAUUGGAUCAUCAAGCGAAAACGAACUUAUUCUUGUGAGCGUUCUCAAUGCAUUUUAUGAUUGCAUCAGCCAAAUCCUACGAAAAAGUGUUGAAAAGAAGAUGCUCAUGGACAACCUUGAUGUUAUAAUGCUGGCAAUGGAUGAAUUGGUUGAUGGAGGGGUAAUACUUGAUGCAGAAGCCACUUCAAUAGUACACAAAGUAGCUAUAAAGAAUGAUGAUGUGCCAUUGUCAGAAAGAAGUGUUGCUAAUGUGUUGCAGUCCGCCAAGGAUCAAUUAAAAUGGUCUCUUUUAAAAUGAUUAAUAUUAUUGUCCAAAAAUAUGUCCAUUUACGAAUAUUUGUAAUUGUAAACUAUGAAGAUAGAAAUAAAACACUUUCAGCUCAUUUAA